AUGCCGAUAAUAUUUUUUAUUUCUGGUAAUAUUUUUAUCUAUCUAUCUAUCUAUCUAUCUAUCUAUCUAUCUAUCUAUCUAUCUCAACAGGCUGAAAGAAUUAGAAAAGUUUUCCUGUGUGUCUUCGCGUGCGGAACGCACAUGACACCCGAUUCUUGCAUCUAUAUGCCAAAACUCGAUCAACAUCUAUCUAUCUAUCUAUCUAUCUAUCUAUCUAUCUAUCUAUCUAUCUAUCUAUCUAUCUAUCUCAGUCUGUUUAUAUCUAUCUAUCUAUCUAUCUAUCUAUCUAUCUAUCUAUCUAUCUAUCUUAGUCUGUUUAUAUCCAUCUACAUAUCUAUCUCAGUCUGUUCAUAUCUAUCUAUCUAUCUAUCUAUCUAUCUAUCUAUCUAUCUAUCUAUCUAUCUAUCUCAGCCUGUUUAUAUCUAUCUAUCUAUCUUUCUAUCUAUCUAUCUAUCUCAAUCUGUUCAUAUCUAUCUAUCUAUCUAUCUAUCUAUCUAUCUAUCUAUCUAUCUCAGCCUGUUUAUAUCUAUCUAUCUAUCUAUCUAUCUAUCUAUCUAUCUAUCUAUCUCAAUCUGUUCAUAUCUAUCUAUCUAUCUAUCUAUCUAUCUAUCUAUCUAUCUAUCUAUAACUAUCUAUCUCAGCCUGUUUAUAUCUAUCUAUCUAUCUAUCUAUCUAUCUAUCUAUCUAUCUAUCUAUCAAUCUGUUUAUAUCUAUCUAUCUAUCUAUCUAUCUAUCUAUCUAUCUAUCUAUCUAUCUAUCUCAGUCUGUUCAUAUCUAUCUAUCUAUCUAUCUAUCUAUCUAUCUAUCUAUCUAUCUAUCUAUCUCAGCCUGUUUAUAUCUAUCUAUCUAUCUAUCUAUCUAUCUCAAUCUGUUCAUAUCUAUCUAUCUAUCUAUCUAUCUAUCUAUCUAUCUAUCUUUUAUCAAUUGCUAAAGAAACAACUGCCUUCUACGGCGGCCACAGCUAAUCUCUCUAUCCAUCAACAUCUCUUCAUAUCCGUUUCAAUCUAUGAUCAUUCUAUCUCUAAAAUCAGCAUUGAAGAUAGUGUCUUUUUGCCUGGGCUUGAAUACCAAUGUCUGGCACUAGUUGAAAAUACGCAAGCAGCCUCUUACACUCUUUCUCACUCACUCUCCCAUUCUUCCUUUUACUCUCUCUUUUAUUCACUCCCUCUCUCCCUCACUCACUCACUCAGUCACUCACUCAUUCAAUCUCCAUCUCUAUUUUAUUCUCUCUCUUUCUCAAGUUCAUUCUCCUCCACUCACUUUCACUCUCUCAUUCACUCUCACACUUUGCCUCUCACAAUCGCUUUCACUCUCUCACUCACAAUCUCUACUAAUGUCACUUUUCUCUCUCUUGCUCAAUGUAGCACAUUUCACUCCCUCUUAAAAUCUCUUUCAUUCAUUCUCAAACUUUCUCUCUCUCUCUCUCACACUCACUCUCACACUCUUUCUGCCCCAAUCAUUUUCAUUCACUCACACACUCACUCAUCCCCCUCUCUCUCUCUCUCAGUUAUUUCCAGUUGUUGUCAUUACACACUUUUACAAUCUCACUCUUUCUCUCUUUCCCCUACUCACAUUCUCUUUCAUUGUAAUUCUCUCUUUCAAAAUAUAUAUUUCACUCACUCACUCUCUCUCUUUCAUUCACUGCCUUUCACACUAUCUUUCACUCUUUUUUUUUCUUCUCUUUCAUCUCAUUUUCUCUCUCCCAGAAGCUCCUUUCUUUCGCACAGUCUCUCCAAAGAGAAAAGAGAGAAAUCAAAUUCAAAGUGA